UUUGUUUCUCUUUGUUUCUUCUUCUUUCUUUCUUUCUCUCUCUCUAUUUUUUUUUUUUUUUUGAACUUGGUUUCUUCUCCUUAUUGUUAAAAAUAAACUAGUUCAAAAUGACUUCUUCUUGUGUUGUCACUCCCAAACAGACAUCCAUCAAUGGUUAUGAUCACAAGACAAACGAUCAGGUACCACCACCUUCAACCAACCCUCAUCCACCUUCUUAUUCAUCAUACUAUGCAUUUAAUCCUCCUCCUCAUCUUCAACAGACAACAACUAUACCGCCACUACAACAACAACAACAACAACAACAACAAACAACUCGUGUUUAUUCAAGUCAUCACCCUUCUCGACCCUAUCCUCUUUAUAAUGCUUAUUACACUUCAACACCUACAACUCGGGUACCAUUCAUUUCUGAAAGGUCAGUAGUCACUCAACCAGUAGGUGGACCACUUCCUUCUCUUCAUCGUCCCAUUUCAACCUCAGCAUAUCAACCAAAACCAUCAUCUGAUCAUCCUACUACCACCACAAAUAAUGCUUCUUCUCGACGUCGAUCCUCUCGAAACAGUAAUCGCAGCAAUAAAGAAAAACGUAUGUUUGCCUGUCAAAUGGAGGAUUGUGGAAAAGUAUUCAAACGAUCUGAACAUCUUAAACGACAUAUUAGAUCCAUCCAUACCAAUGAAAAACCAUUCGAAUGUCCUUAUCAACAAUGUCAAAAACGAUUCUCAAGAUCAGACAAUUUGAAUCAACAUAUUCGAAUUCAUCGUCAUUCUAGCAAGGAAUCUUCAACACCCCCUUGAUUAUAUUAUGCAUUCAUUCAAUUCGUAUACUUUAUUACUACUCUUUAUUCCCCCCUCGUCCAAUAUUCUCUUUGUUCACUUUAGAACUAGCUAGUCUAUUUCCACCCCCCGUCUUUAUAUAUAUAUAUCCAUCAUUAGUAUACCUUUAUUAUAUACCUCACUGGAUGAUUCAUUUUAUUACAAUAAACAAAACUCUUUCAUAUUGAACA